GAGGGGGCGGGCGGAGGUAUCAUGGAGGAUCAGUAGAGACUCAGUCCGUUAGAGGAGAGCCGCUCCGAGCACCGAGCACCGGGACCGUUACCGAGCACACGAAGCACCGACACCGGCACCAUGGACAUGAAGAAGAGGAUCAGUCUGGAGCUGCGGAGCCGGAACCCGGCGGAGAUAGCGGAGCUGGUGGUGGACAACAGUCGCUCUGCGGACGGGGAGGUGGAGGGGCUGUCGGAGGACUUCAAGGAGCUGGAGUUCCUCAGCAUGGUCAACGUGGGUCUGGGCUCUUUGGCUAAACUGCCAUCGCUGCCCAAACUACGGAAGCUGGAGCUGAGCGACAACAACUUGUCUGGUUCUCUGGAAACUUUGUCAGAAAAAUGUCCAAACCUGACGUAUCUGAACCUGAGUGGGAACAAGAUCAAAGAGCUGAGCAACGUGGAGGCCCUGCAAAACCUGAAGAGUCUCCAGAGUCUGGACCUGUUUAACUGUGAGAUCACGUCUCUGGAGGACUACAGGGAGAGCGUCUUCGAGCUGCUGCCUCAGGUCACCUACCUGGACGGCUUCGACCAGGAGGACAACGAGGCUCCGGACUCCGAGGCCGAGGACGAAGACGAGGACGGCGAGGAUGGGGCGGGGCAGACCGGUGACUAUGAGGAUGAGGAUGAUGAAGAAGAGGAUGAGGACGGCUCAGAGGGAGGAGAGGUGGGGCUGAGCUUUCAGGCGACCAGGGGAGAUCAGGAGGAUGAGGAAGACUUUGCAGAGGAAGAGGAGGAGGAAGAGGGCCAACCCGGCGUCCAGGGACAGAAGAGGAAGAGAGACGUGGACGAUGAAGGCGAGGAAGACGAUGAUGAUGACGACGACGAAGACGACUAGUUCUUCGAUCAGCUCGUCGUCUGUGUGUCGUCCUGUCCUUUUCCUGUCUCCACCCGUCUCCGUCUGUCUCCACCCGUCUCCGUCUCCGGACCCGACCUCCGCCAGACAACAAUCACCGUAACCACGGCGACAGCAGCAGGACACUGAUCUGAAACUUUAACCCUUUCAGUUUGUUUUUAGAUAAUUUAUAAAUAUUUGAUCAGAACGUUCCCUGAUGGUUCUCAGCUGAAGACUCGACCCCUUUCCCUUUAGAACCCGGUUCAGGGUGAAGCCUGCGUCUGUCCCGUCAGUCCGUCUCCGCCCCUGGACUCUGUCCCUCGUCUCAUCGUCGGCUGGACGUCUGAAGUUCUGGUGUGAACCGGCUCCUUGAUAAAGAACAGGUGUGAAAACCAAAACACACUUUGUCUCCUGGGACGACUACUCUUCUUCUUCUCCUGUAAACAGGUUUAUUUUUACGAGUGUGGGGGGGGGGGGGGUUCCAGUCCAGACUACAAGAUGCGUUCCAUCAGGUUACCUCCGUUUCCAAAUGGCAGUUUGUCCUGCACACUUUCAAGUGGCAGAUGUUUUGUAGUAAGUCAGUUUCACUGGGACGUCGAGCAGCCGCCUGGUGUCCAGAUGUUCUCACAGCUGCUGUCGGGCGACCUCCACACUGGAUUGUUUGACGCCAUUUGAUUGUCACUGUGCAGCAGGAACACCACAUUGCCCCCUAUGGUUCAUGUACAUAUUGCAUCUUCAGUACAGAUGGCGUUGAAGGACCUGCUCAUACAAACACGUCGCUAGAAAGAAGUUCAUCCUUCUUAAGAUCAGGUCAGUGGUGACCCCAUGAAGACACCUUGUAGUCUGAACUGGACUUGUUCUGAACAUCUGAGCAGAUCCAGGAAACCCGACUUCUCGUAUCGGGACCUUCUUCUUCACAGGUUUUUACAGAUUCAUCUUCAUCACAUCAUUCUUCUGAGCCUCAGACCAACAUCUGAUCUCAUUCACCAAAAACUUGUUCAGGAUCAGAACUCUGUUCUUUCUGCAGCCAUAUCCGUCUCUGACCGGAGCACGCCCCCUUCAGGAGCUCCCGUGUCUUACACCCAAUCACAGACGUCUCACCGUGUUGGACGGUUCAGGAUCUUCAUCACGUCACGAUUCAGUCCGAUAAAGUCCCCGACGUGGACGAGUCCCACGACUCUGUCCUCUAACCGUCGCUCAGGUCCACAGCGCUCUGUGAUUCAUGUUCCCAGUGUGUGUUUGAUUUAUUGUGGGGACUCUUCAGGGAAGCUUAGGGGGCGGGCGGGUGAAGUUGUAGUUUGGGUGUGUUUGUUUUUGAAGUUAACAGCAUACUGUUUUUGUCCCCGUCAGCAGCUGUUGAUGUUUUUAGUUUGAAGUAAAACCGAGCGUCUCGUUCUCAAACAGCCCGCCCCCUAGCUGGCGUCACACUUCAGGCUCCGCCUCCUAAACACAACUCCCCCUUUAAACCUGAUGGGACGGAGCGGUGCGUUCAGGUGUCUCUGAGUCGUCACGCGAUGUGGCCUUCACUGGCACCUGCUCAGCUUCUGACUCUAAGACUCGGUCACCUCUCACAGUGGAUUAUGGGAUGUUGAGGACGAAAGACGGCUGACCUCAGCUGGUCUCAGGGGGCGGAGCCUGGACGUGACACACCUGUUGUGUAUUUUUAACUUUCUCCUGCUUCGGUCGACAGAACCCAACGAAGCUGCUCCGACUUUUAUCUAAACUGCUGUAAAAUUUUAGCUUUUCUCUCAUUUUGCAAUUUUGAAAAUGAAAUUGUUUCAAAACAUCCACGUGUCUGGUCUCAGAUUCUGAUUGGUCGUCUGGUUCUCUGUGGAAACAAACAUGAAAAUAUGAGUAUUAGAUUGAACUUUAUGGUUUCUAUAAGCUUCAUAUCUGCCACUAAAUGAACUGAGUUUGAUUUCGUAUCUUUGUGUUUUUAUUCAAUCAAAUCUUUUAAAUUUGAUUUUAAUGCACAAACAACUAGAGAUUUAUUUUUGAAGAAAAACGAUGACCACUCGAUCUGUGACGUGAAAGUCUCUAAAUCAUGUUUAAUGUUAAUUCAUUAAUUAAAUUAGUGAUCGAAUUCAAAAUCAAAUACAAAUGUUGAAUUUAGUUUGCUCCUUGGUGGGAUCAAACCAGUGAUGGAAUGAGUCUGUGUUUUGCACCAGUGACCCCCUGUGGUCAGCCGUCAAAUUGCUCCCCUUCAAUAACAUCAUGAAUCAGACCAACGUGAAGGUGAGGAUGUUUAACCGUGUUGUUUUUAACAGUGUAGAUGUCGAGGGACACGUGUCAGAUCUGCUGACGUCGGGUUUUAACUGGUUUUAGGAAAUAUUGUAAAUACACUCAGUUUCAGGUUGGUUUUUAUUUUGUUAAAAUCGUUUAAAGGAUGUUUUUGUUUCUGCAGCGAGGUGAUAGUUGAGCCUUUGACCUUUGACCCCAGCAAGCUCCUCUGUUAGCGUCGUCCUUCGUCCGUCUGUCGGGAAACUGUGUUUGAUUUGUGUGAUGUAACAAAAACUGUACUGAGGGGUUUUCAAUAAAAUAUAUAAAAGAAA